AUGGGGACGCGGAUUGGUUUCUUCCACUUAAAUCUUCAGUCGUGGAACAAAACUCGCAGAUUCCUGAAGAUCUACUCAUCCGAGUUUGACCUGGCCCCGAAACUUUGUUCGCGUUCGGCGACUGGUUCCUCACAAGAUAUCGAACUAUUCCAGAUCUUUCAAUUUCCAAACAAAUUCUCGGAAUCUUCGAAUCUCGCUGUACCAUCUCCAAAUAUGAAGUCCGGUCGGAGAAGAUUAAGAAAGUUAACGAGAAUCGCGACUCUUCCUGUCGCGAGAAUCAAGAUGCGCGGGAAGAAGAGCCAGAGCAAGCAACUCGACACGAUCUUGCAAGGAUUACGCUACUUUUGCACGCAAACAACACUUCACGGUCUUCGAUACGUGGUCGAUCCCGAUCUACAUAUGAUGGAGCGAUUCCUGUGGCUCGUGCUGUUCGUCGGGUCCUCUAUAAGCGCCAGCCACGUCAUUUAUUCGCUGGCACUUAGAUUCCAGGCCGCGCCGACGUCGAUCAACAUCGAAUCCUUGCACUACGAUAAUUCGAAACUGCCUUUCCCCAGCGUGACUCUUUGCCCCAACGUUCGCGUAGAUUGGAACCGGGCCCUCGAGCUCGAACCAAGGAUCUUUUCUAAUGAUAUAGACGAGACGAGCCUAGAGAUUUUCCGGAAGAUAUUGGGCAGGCUUUCCGUGAUGACCUUCGGGGAUUUUGAUGAGAUGGAUUUCCUGAAGAAUCAUAAUGUGCGCAAUCUCUCGGGUAUCAACAUAACUCAGGUGUUGUACGACGUGAUGCCGUCAUGUGACCAAUUCCUGUCCGCCUGCUGGUGGCGCAACGCCGAUCGCAAUUGCUGCGAGAUCUUCGAGGUGCAGAAGACCGAGUACGGCUUCUGCUACUCGUUCAAUUCGGAAAUGGCGGUGACAUCCCUGGCGGAUCCCACGGAAUCGCGGCCACGAAAAGCAUCUAGCUAUGGCGAAUGGAGUGGCAUCAAGGUUACGAUUCAUCCGGGAAACAUAACGAAGCCGCCGGAUUCCAAUUUAAUUGACGGUGUCAUAGUGAUAAUAAACGAACCGCAUGUGUGGCCCAACACCGGCACCAUGAUACCGUCGAGCUCGUUGGUCAGCCUGUCCUUGAAGUGCAUUUCCGGAUACGCCACCCAUCGCGUCCUCGAACUGGAUCGAGAUAAGCAACCGUGCUUAUAUGAUGAGACAGGCGUGUACAAUCAGGCUACCUGUCUGUCGCUCUGUAAACGCAAUUACGUCAUCAAGUAUUGUGGCUGCAAUCCGUCCUUCCUGUUUCCCGCAGAUUUGUUCAACGAUCAUAUCCUUUACUUCGGCGACGAGAUCCCACAUGACAUUUCUAGAAUGAUUUGCAAAUGUUCCCCGGAAUGCGUCUACUAUAACUAUGUUACGGAGUUUUCUAAUGUGCCGUAUAACGCAAGCGACAUUACGCUGGACGUGCAUUACAUAGGACAAACCAGUUUUCGCUACAAAAUGGACGUAGUCUUCACGCAAAUGGACCUCCUCGUGUAUUUCGGCGGCAUAAUCGGCUUAUUUCUGGGCGGCUCGUUGCUCAGCGUCGUCGAGAUCGUCUAUUACCUGAUAGUGGGGAUAUACUCGUUUCUGCACUCGCGACGAAGGGCCGAGGGAAGAAAAACGCAACCGGGGUCAAGGAGGUCAAGCGCAAUGAUCGUCUACAGCACGACUACGGUGCUGCCUAUCCUGGAUUACAGCCCUCUGAAACAGCGAGCUAGGAGGAUACCGAUUUUUGCGAAUUACGGCUUCGCGAAAUCGAAUUUGAACAGGUAUUGA